AUGGGUUAUGACUGCGGGGACUUCAGCUUUUUUCGCAAUAGCAGCAGUGCUCCGGAAUUCAGCUCUCGUGACUUUUUCUUUGGAAUUGGAAAGUUCUUUGCCGCAGACGCAAAUAUUCACAUGGUAGUCAACGAGCACAGCUGGGAGCCGAUCCCACUGUCUCAGAUGAACAACACAGGCCUUGCCUCCGCGCUCGACGGGUUCGCAAAGGCCUUCUACUCGUUCGUGCUACUCGAUCUCGGCAACCCCAGCCUGCUGACAGAUGGCGAUUUUAUCACGUACUUGCUAUCUCAAAGGAACGAUACCAUACUUGGGGUUGACCCCACGAAAGCUUUGGAAACCUUCAAGGGUGAGAUGGCACCUCUGAGCUCCACGGCGGCGCAAUUAUCACUGCAGUACGUGUGCUCGGUUCCGCAGAAGAAGGAAAUAUUCUCGUUGGUGGUUUCAGUCAUCAUCGGGAAUAUCGUGUUGUUGUCUGCCUUCUGGUCUCUUCUGAACUGGAUGGCUUCGACGUGUGUGAGCUCGCAGGACCGGAACUGGAACCAUUGCGUGGGAUGCCAGUGCAAUACAGGGAGUUGUAGAAUUGAGACACCUUCGAAGGUGGAUGAGGAGUCCAUCCAGCUUGUAAUGGAAAAGACCGGAUGA